CUUGGGCUAAGAAAAAUGGCGUCUCACUGACAGCUGAGGAGCUUUCAUUAUCUGGGUGUUAAAAAGAAAAAACAAGAGUUGGACCACCGCUGAAGCCUAUCACUUCAACGCACAUCGUGCAUUGGCCCUGCCUAGAGUUGUACCUUAGCUAUAUUGGGAGGCCAUUGAUGAAACAGUGGAAAUAUAACGAAUUUGAGGAGAGUGUCACGCCCACCCCACCGAAAAUACGGGAGAGAAAGCGCUCUAUCAGAAAAGCCAUUAAGCCAACCUGCGGUGUCAAAGCAGAAGCUUGCUAGCUACCCAGCUAGCUCGUUAGCCGCAGCUACAAGCUGCACGGGCGUCGCUCAACUGACACUAUUGGUGGUGUUUUAUUUUCGCUGACAACACGAUGUCUGUUGCCGGGUAGAGCACUACGGUCACCUUGGGUACUUAAUUUUAAUGUUCGACCACUACGUUAAUUUUCCAAGGGGAGAGAGAGAUGGGCUCAGGGGCCGUCGAUUCGUCCCAAUGGCUGUCAGUGAAGGAAGAGACUAUUUUCCUUCACGAUGGGCUCAUUCGGGUGACAGACCUGGCCGAACUACCCAGUGAGAUUGGGGUUUCGGAGCAGGGGGACACCGAACAAGAGAUCCUCACCUUUGAGACGAAGAACCCUGUGGAGCUUGCUGAGCGUCUGCGGGCCGUCUGCGGCAACCAGAGCAAUGCGUAUGCCCGUCUGCUGGAGUACCGCCUCAACGCACUGCGUGGCCUCUGGGGCGCCCAGCGGCAGCUGGCCCUGGAGGAGCAGCAGGAUCGCGAGGGCGUCCCAGGCCCCUCGGCCAGCUCCAUGGGUGUGGGCGCAGCGUCCGGCGCCGGAGUUGGGGGCUCGUCCGGGACGUCGGGAUCCGACGAGGAGGCCCUGGCCAUGUUGAAGCGGCAGGGUCUGCUGCACCACCACCACUCGCACGGCCACCACGGGCACCAGGCGGCCGGGCACCAGGCGGGCGGCGCGGAGCAGGCGCCCUUCACCUCGCGCGUGGGGCUGCUCUUGCUCUUCCCGCUGCUGCAGUCACAAACGCGCAACGACCCGGCGCUCUGCGGCGUCACGGCCGAGGUGCUGCUGACCUGCCUGCGCGACUGCCAGCCGCUCAGCCUGGGCAAGGAGCCCGCGGACUGCCUCAACGGCCUAGAGGGGCUGCUGUGCACCUGGCUGGAGGAGGGGGGGCCCGGGGCUGGGGUCCCACGCCCGCUGCACGGGAUGCAGAGGGAGAACGCUGCUGCUGCCCUGGUGGCCCUUGCCUGUGCCAGGGGAUCCUUGAAGACGUUCAUCCAUACAGUCCACCUGCUGCAGAAGCAGACAGACCUAGGCCAGCUGCCUGUGGCCGAUGUGUUGUACAGGCUGCUGCUUCUAGAGGGGGGGCCGGGCUCUCCAUCAUGUUUAUUAGGGGGGAAACACAGUGUCUCCUGGGGCUUUGAGGACAUGCUACCUACCCCAGACAGCAAUGCAGCCGCAGCUGAGAGCAAAGACACAGACCUGGGCCGUUGCUUGGCCACUGACGGUCUCUAUCUCUACACCACCAACUCCUUUGGGAGAGGCCUCAGCAAGCUCGGCUCUGGCCUGCAUGGCACACUGAGGGGCUUUGUGUACUGUCGUAAUGAGGAGCUGGAGGCUGGCUGGGUGGUCUACUGUAGUGGCUGCCUGCUCCAUCGCCCCGCCUCCUUUGAUGCCAAACCACACCAACUCUGCCAGGUCAUGGACCCCUACACGCUGCAGGUGGUGCAGAUGGUGGCCAUGCCUGCCCACCACUUCCCCGUGGGCAGCAGCCUGACCUCCCUGCACCUGUGCUCGGACGGCAGCUACCUCUACUGGGUCUGGUCCCCCGUCAGCCUCAACGAGAAGACCCAGAAAGGCCACUCCGUCUUCAUGGACGUCUUCCAGCUCUCAACGCAGUCGGGGCUGUGCGUGGCCGACGUCCUUCAGGAACGCGUCAUCCUGUCGCGCAAGGAGGGCGAGUCGUCCAAGUGUCUGAACGAGCUGCUGCUGAGCCGCAUGUCGCGCUUCCGCGCCUCACACUCGGCCACGCUCGCCGCCCUCACUGGCUCGGCCAUCACCAACCCCGUCAAGGAGGAGCAGUCAGUCAACACCAGCUGUGGACUCCCACUGAAGACCCUGAGGAAGACGCCCAUGUACGUGUGCGGCACCUACCUGGUGAUGGUGGCGCCGCCGCCAGGCGUAGCGGGCAGCUCAGCCACCCGCUCCCUGUUCGGAGGCACAAGCGGCCUGUCCUCCCUCAAGAUCCUAGCGUCCAGUCUGGUGUUCAAUCUAGCAGAUGGUCAGUUCCUCAGCCGUGUGGACCUCAUCGACGCCCCAGGCAGCUCUCUGGGCCGUGGAGCCCAGGUUGGAGGACUGGGGGCCUGCUAUGACGCCCUAAACAACUUGAUCUGGACGUGCUCCAGCGACUACAUGGACCAGUGGUGUAACCCUGGCAACCAGGCCUUCCAUCACGUGUGCCAACGUCUGGGCGUUAGCCACCUAAUCCAAGAGCCCACGGACGAGAUGGUGGGGACGGGCAAGGUCAUCAGCCAGCUGCUGCACCACGUGGGCGCCAUGUGCAUCCACCAGCUGAACCUGCUGGCGGCCAGCGGCCCCGCCAUGCCCAUGGGUCCCCUGCUGGGCAAGCAGCACCCCAUGGAGGCGCGCCACUUCAGCAGCAUCUGCGACAUCAUGGAGAAGGCCAUGGUCAACGGCGACACCUGCAUCAUCCGCUGCAUCCUGGUCGUCUUUCAGGUGGUGUUCCGGUUCUUUAACCCGCAGUCGGAGCAGAACCGGGAGAGUGUGCGGCGUGCCGGCCUGCUUUUGUGGCAGCUGCUGAUGGCUCCGGUGGGUCAGAUUGGAGCUGAGAUCCAGAGGGAAGUCUGCCUGGCCAUCAGCUCUGGUCUGAAUAUCUUGUAUUCGGGGGAGACGGACUUGAACAACUUGUUGAAGCUGGUCCUGACGGAAGGCGAGAGGAACAGUGGCCUGUCCCAGUUACGGGACGUCAUCCUCACCAACCUGUCCGACCAGCUGCAGAAGAACCGCUUCGGCAGCGAGGACGACGACCACUACAGGCUGAGUGAUGAACUGCUGCACUACAUCCUGAAGACAGUGGUGCGCGAGUCCUGCCUCCUCAUCACCAAAUGCCAAACCGUGGCCCGGGACGACUUCCAGAAGCUCCUGUCCACAGUGCCAGUGGCUUCUCCAAGCUUACGCUACCUCAUGGCGGUUCAGAACCACUUACUCAGCAACACCAUCCUGCUCCGGCCGGAUGACGCUGAUGACAGCGACAGCUCCCUCCAAGGGGAAACAAUGAAGGUACAGGAGCUGCAGACCAGCAUCCUGUCCCUGGCCACCAAGAUCCUGGUGGGCUGCGACGAGGUGCUGGAGACCCUCCAACAGGUCACCACCGCCCUCAUCAACAGCGACAUCAGUGACCGCGAGAGCAGGCUGAAGGGUCUGGAGCAGGUGACCAAGGCCACCAUGCUGGGCCACCUGCUGCCGGUGCUGCUCACCUCCCUCAUGCACCCCAACCUGCAGACGCUCACGCUGGCCGAUGCCCUCAUGCCCCAGCUGGUCCAGCUGGUCCUCUACACCAGCCAGACUGCCUUGCUGCUAAAGACCCAGUCACCUCUCUUCGCUGAAGGAAGUCCUUUGGAGAGCGGCUCGCUCCGCCAAGGGGCUAAAAUGCCCCCUACUGAUGACCACCUGCGCAUCCUGGAGGAGCGCGAGGAGCCGGGCUUCCUGACCGGCCUGAAGAUCCCCGCCCCGUGGGCCGCAGGGAAGACGGUGGAGACGGUCCACCCGGUGCGGGACAACUACAAGUUCAAGGAGACGGUGCACAUCCCGGGAGCCCGCUGCCUCUACCUGCGCUUCGACCCACGCUGCUCCUCACAGUAUGACUACGACAAGCUGGUCAUCUACGCUGGUCCCAACACAAACAGCCGCAAGGUCACGGAGUACGGGGGAAACACUCUGGGCUACGGCAGCCGAAGCGUACUGGGCACAGGCUGGCCCAAAGACCUGGUCAAGGUGGAGGGGGACACGGUGACAUUCUCCUUUGAGAUGCGGAGCGGCCGCGAGCACAACACACCUGACAAAGCCAUGUGGGGCUUCUCAUGCACUGUCCGAGCUCAGGAGUCCUCUGAGGACGUUUCCGGUGGUCUGCCGUUCCUGGCCGACCUGGCUCUGGGGCUGUCGGUGCUGGCCUGCUCAAUGCUCCGCAUCCUCUACAACGGCCCCGAGGUCACGCCCGAGGAGGAGGCGUGCCACGACUUGCUCUGCUCCAAACUACUGCAGCGAUGUCAGUGGCAGGUGGAGGCCAACGGCGCCAUCUCGCCGGCCCUCACCCCCAGCCCCUCCCCGCUGCCACUCACCAUCGACGAGGACCGUGAGUUCACCUACCCCUCGGACGUGCUGGUGCCACCGCCCGGCCUGCUCCCCGCAGCCUACUGCGACCUGCCGCGCAUCCGCCUGCCGCCGGGGAUCAUGGGACGCCUGCGCGAGCUGUCAGGACGUGCCCGGCCCCAGUUCAGACCCAGCAUCAAGGAGGUGAUCCGUCCCGACGUGAUGGAGGAGGUAAUCGUCUCGUGCGUCAUCAAGCACCUGAUGCUGGUGGACGCGCUGCAGUCGCUGGUCAACUUCCAGUACCGCGAGGAGCACCCCGAGGAGCACGACCUGCUCUGCAAGAUCAUGGCCGAGACCUUCAAGAAGAUCAACGCCAUGGAGCGCCAGCUUCAGAGUGUUGCAGAGCUGGAGCAGAAGUGGCAGAACGAGGUGGAGGAGGCGCAGCAAGGCAAGCUGGAGAACAACACGCCCUUCUUCCACGACUACCACUUCUUCGAGAACAAGAUGAAAGAGCUGGAGCUGCUGUGCUCGCUGAAGGAGGUUCCACUGGACUGGAGUGACCUGGAGAAUGUGGUCCUGGCCCUAAGAGAGAAGUUUUUCCAGGAUGUGACUGGUCUGCAGCAGGGCAGGGCCUCUCUGUGUCUGGUGAAGACCAAAGCGCUGGUGAAGAGCCUGAUGAAUCGGACCGAACUGCUGCUGCACGUCACCAUAGCCCCACACUGCAGGAGUCUCACCACCACACCCACAGGAACACCAGCCUGUAAAUCAGUGUCGGACACCAAGACGGUUAUCCCCAUGGUGAAGCAGCCGGUCUUCCUGCGGAGCAUGUCGGCGCCCUCUGACCUGGAAAUGAUUGCCAACCAGGACCUGGAGUUCACGCACAGCACUCAGAGGAGGCGUCAUCACCCCACCAGCCACCGGAGCAGCUCCUUCACGCUGCUGCAGUCUCUGGCCAUCGAGGACAGCCGGGACAAGCCCACCUACAGCGUGCUGCUGGGACAGCUCUUCGCCUUCAUAGGCACCACGCCGGACCAGGCCGUGUCGAGCAGCAGCUUCCUGUCGGCGGCACAGGCGCGGUGGCGUAGGGGGAGCACGCGCAGGCAGGCCCUGGUGCACAUGAGGGAGCUGCUCACCGCCGCCGUCAGGGUGGGCGGGGUCACGCACCUGGUGGGGCCCGUCACCAUGGUGCUGCAGGGCGGACCCAGGAUUGAUGAGCUGACGUGUGGUGGUAUGGUGGAGCAGGUCCAGGAGGCCUUCGGGGAGACCAUGACCUCCGUGGUGUCCCUGUGUGCCCGCUACCCCAUCGCCUGUGCCAACAGCAUCGGCAUGCUCUGCACCAUCCCCUACACACGGAGUGAGGAGCAGUGCCUGGUGCGCAGCGGCCUGGUGCAGCUGAUGGACCGCCUGUGCAGCCUGAGCAGCCAGCGGGAGAGCAGCUCCAACGAGAAGCAGACCAAGAAGCAGAAGGUGGCCGCCAUGGCCUGCGCCUUCCAGGUGCUCGCCAACCGCUGCAUCGAGUGGGAGAAGGUGGAGGGUGGCUCAGCGGACACCGUGCACUCUGGGCUGGCCAGGCAGGUGUCCACUCUGCUGACCAAUCACCUGGCCCGGGCCACGGAGUGCUGUGGUAACCAGGCAGCAGGGAACGACGCCCUGCAAGAUGUUCUCAGUCUGCUCAAUGACCUGUCCAGGAGCCACAUCGGGAAGGCCAUCCUGAGCCAGCCGGCGUGCGUGUCCAAGCUGCUGUCGCUGCUGCUGGACCAGCGUCCGUCGCCCAAGCUGGUGCUGAUCAUCCUGCAGCUGUGCCGCGCCGCGCUGCCCCUCAUGAGCGUGGAGGACUGCGGCAGGGUGGCGCUGCCCUCCUGGAGCUACUCCAUCCACGCGCUGGAGGCCGAGCAGCGCGACGCCAGCGACCCAGCCUCGCGCAUCGCUGCCCUGCUGCUGGCCAAACUGGCCGACUACGUGGUGCCCGGCUGCCAGACGCUGCUAUCCCCCAGCUCGUCGGAGCCGGACACCAGCCUGUCACGCGGCAGUCCCAAGGGCACUCUCAAGUCAGACAAGGACGCCGGCGAGGAAAGUGAGGCGGUGGACGGCAAGUUGUCCAUCUUCAUCCACAAGCGCGAGGACCAGUCCUCUCACGAAGUUCUGCAGCCCCUUCUCAGUAGCUCAGAGGGCCGGCCAUUCCGGCUGGGCACUGGGGCCAACAUGGAGAAGGUGGUGAAGAUGGACCGAGAUAUGACCAAGACGGGCUGCUGUGAGGUGGUCACCGAGGAGGCCUCGGCGGCGCUGCGGAAGGCCAACAAGUGGGCCCAGUCGGGGCUGAUCGUCAGCGUGGGGCCCCCCGUGGAGGCGCUGGCCCAGGAGACGUCCGGAGCCACCACCACCGGCGACAAGAAGAAGAGCGCCCAGACCGCCGUCUGCAGAGACCGCAACGCUGACCUCGCCAGGUCGGAUCCGGUGCGUCCCUUCAUCAGCGGCCACGUGGCCAACAGCAUGGCAGCCGAGGUCAUUGCUCUGCUGCACAGCCUCCUGACCGCUCCCGAGUCCAACACCGCCCAGAUCUGGACCAGCACCGCAGAGAAGGUACUGUCCCGCGCCCUCAUGUUCAUCCCCCAGCUGGGCAAGUACGCCGAGAGCAUCCUGGAGAACUGCAGCAGCAGUGGACGCAAGCUGGCCACCCUUCAGGCCAUCGGCCGGCAGGCUGUGGCUGCACUCUGUGCCCUGGGAGGCUUCAAGGAGACCAUCAAGAUCGGCUCCGAGGUCCAGGUGGUUGGCAAAGGUGUACUGGGAAGCGUGGGCGUGGUCAUGUCCAUCAACGAGCAGGAGGGCAUCGCCACAGUGAAAUUCCCGUCCUGCGAGUACAGGCGAGCGUGCAAGGCCUCGGACGUGCUGACCGUGCCCAUCUCACGCCUCUGCACCCCACGCUCAGAGGCCCUGCCUCUGUACAAGCUGUCCAUCACGGAGAAGGUGGUGCAGGCGGUGCAGUCCAUGCUGCUGCCACAAGAGGGCAGUCUGUCCAUCCACACGUCUCUGCCCGCCUCUGGGGAUGGGUCCAGCCCCGUCAUGGCCGCCGUGCGGCUGCUGGCUGAGAUCCGCACCAGGGCGUGUCUGGUGAUGGCCCAGCUCCUGGAGGACAGCUCCUUCUGUGAGGAGUUUAUCCAGCAGUGUCCUGCCGCCGUGGAGGUGCUCAACCUGGUGGCCCAGGAGUGCAGCCCUGGUGAGCGGCUGGGCAUGGUGGAGUCCCAGUGUGAGCGUCUGCGCAUGCUGUACAGAGACUGCGCUCGCCCCCCACCUCCCCCUCUACAGACCGACAGACGACAGCCAAAGGAGAUCACCUGGUGUCCAUCGCGGGUCUUCCCACCGGUCCGUGCCUGCAUGUUCUCCUCCCACUUGACCUCUGUGACCUUCCUGGCCGACCCCAGCGCUGGAGGUGGCCUCCCCAGGGGCACCUUUAUCUACGCCACCUCACCUGUUCCUGUCCAGGCACCUUCCUUCUACUGGGAGGUCGAGAUUGUUUCCUAUGGAGAUUCCGAGGAUGACAGUGGCCCCAUUGUGUCCUUCGGCUUCGCCACCGAGGCCGAGAAGAGGGACGGGGCGUGGACUAAUCCCGUGGGCACCUGCCUCUUCCAUAAUAAUGGAAGAGCAGUGCACUAUAAUGGCUCCAGUUUGCUGCAGUGGAAGAGCGUGAGGCUAGAUGUAGCCCUGCUGCCAGGUGAGAUUCAAAAGGGCGUUGGCCACUGGUGCAUAUGGGUGGGGGGCUUUUGGGGGGUAGCCCCUCCACCCCAGGCCAGGCCCCCAAAGGUCAAUUUCUUCACAUGGCGUGUGUUUCUCCUUCUACCAUGCGACCAGAGACUCAGCCCCUACCUGGAGGAGGUGGCCGGGGGCAUGUGGCCACUGGUGCAUAUCCAGAAGAAGAACACAAAGAUCCGUGCCAACUUUGGGUGCCGGCCGUUUGCGUACGCCGAGGGCCAGGCUCACCGGAAUGCUGCCGACCUGUGUGUGGACCUCUCCGAGGAGAUCAGUGCCAACUUCGAGGCCUUGCCCUUCGCCAUGGCCUCUGACAGUGACAACGACGCUGGCACCAGCGUGGCAUCAGACCCCGGCUCCCAUGGCCCGCCAUGCCGCAUCGCCGCUGUGGCGUCCACCCAGCAACAGUACAACAGUGAUGCGUCCUGUCACUACAAAGUGGAGCUGAGCUACGAGAACCUGGUGACCUCAGGGCCUGACCCGCACCCCCCGCCCCUGGCCGACGACGAGAGCGAUGAUGAGGACGACGAGGACAUGCCCAGGGAGGAUCAUUAUGCACUGCUGGUGAAGGCCUGGGAGACGAAGGUGUUCCCCAAUCGCCCCGGCUUCAGGAACGAGGCGGAGAGGAAGUCCGGCCUGGAUCAGAUUAAAGGCGCCCUCCAGCUCGGCAUGGUGGACAUCGCCAGGCAAACAGUGGAAUUCCUGUACGAGGAAAACGGGGGCAUCCCUCUCUACCUGCCCACCAUUGAGGACAUCAAGGAAGAGGCCAACAAGUUCACCAUCGACAAAGUCCGCAAAGGUCUGAUGGUGGUGAUCCGGUGUCCAGACACCAACAACACUAGCAGUUCAACAGGGAGCACUGCCCUGCCCAAGUUUGCCAUCAGGGGCAUGCUCAAAACGUUUGGCCUGCACGUUGUCCUAGAUGUGGAUUCGGUGAAUGAGCUGGUCCAGGUGGAGACGUACCUGCGUAGCGAGGGGGUGCUGGUGAGGUACUGGUACCCCAUUGAGAUGUUGGAGCGCCCCCCAGCAGGCUCUCGGAGAACUGCAGCCAAUGGCCUGGUGUCUCUGGACAGCAGCAACAUCCAGAUCCACAGAGAGCUGCUGAGGUGUGAGAGUGGUCUGGCGCGUCUCUACUGCCGCAUGGCGCUGCUCAACAUCUUCGCCCCCAAGAGCCCCCACACCUUCACCCGCCUCUUCCACAUCCCCGCCGUGCGCGACAUCACCCUCGAGCACCUGCAGCUUCUGUCCAAUCAGCUGCUGGCUCCACCCCUGCCGGACGGCACCAUCAGCUCCAGCUCCAUCCUGCUGGCCCAGUCGGUGCUGCACAAUCUGCAGGGCCAGAGCUGCUCUCCCACGGAGCUCUUCUACCAGGGCAACGCCCAGGCCAUCCGCGAGUGGCUGACCGUGGCCAUCACCCGCGCCCUCCACCAGGGCGACGACAGCCUGCUGGACCUCACCAAGCAGAUCUGCUGCUUCCUGCAGCACGCUCCAGAGCAGUUCACCUCGGAGGAGUUUCCUGUGACCGAGUCCAAGGUCAGCAUGGACGUCAACUUCCCUGGGGCUGCGUUUGUGGUGGUCUCCUGCAAGGAGAGUCAACUAGGCUGCCGCAAAGACUCCUCCCUGUACAAGGCCCCAUGGGCACGGGUGCUGGUGUACGGACUGGGCCACAAGGUCCGGCGCAACGGCCAGCUGAGUCUGAUGGAGGCCGUGUGCUACCCCUUGGACGCCUCACCCUCCAACACCGGCCUGACGCCCCCACCCACCACCAACCAGUACCCCUCUGUCCUAAUCCCCACAGACAAGAUCCACAUCAAACUGGGUGUGUCGCCCCCUCCUGGUACGGUGCUGGUGCUGCACUCGUUGCCUCUGGAGUUUCCUUUGGCCAUGGCGUUUGCCGAGCAGCUGCUGACCUGGACGCUUGGCGAGAGCAGCGAGCACUCGGAGGAUGAGCUGGACACCGUGCCUUCCUCUGUGCUGCUGCAGGUGGUGGAGUUGCUUGGCGGUCUGCUGUGGACCACCGACCUGGCGCCCAGCAUCAAGGAGCUGGUCUUCCACCUGCUGGCCGAGCUCUUCCGCAAGAUCCACCAGCUGGAGCAGCGGCGUAGCCCCGUGGGCCUGUCCAGCUCCAUCGCCCUGAUGCUCAACCCGUGCCUGGCCGUGCUCAUGGCCCUGCAGACGGAGAUGCGCAAGCUGUACGACCGCGAGACGCAGAGCUGGCUGCAGGCCGCCGGGAGCGGUGGGAGCAGCGGGGGGUUGACGGGCGGACAGGCGGCGGCGGUGGCCCUGGCCUCGGAGCAGAGCCGCUUCUCCACGUACUUCCACGCGCUCAUGGAGGUGUGCCUGGCCGUGGCCGAGGUGACGCUGCCGCUGAGCGUCGGCGGCGGCUCGGGGACGGGCGGCGGAGUGAGCAUGGUCGGGCCGGGCGGCACCUUGACGUCGGCCAGCGCGCCCAACUUGAGCGACUCCUCGUCGUCGUCCUCGUCGUCGCCGGGCCAGACGCCGCACAGCCCCAGCCUGCUGUCCAAGCGCAAGAAGGUCAAGCUGAAGAGGGAGCGCGGCUCGGCGGUGGCGGCCGCAGUGGCCUCUGGGAAACGCGGAGGGGGCAGCGGCGGCGGCGGUGCGCGCCUCUCGGAGAGCGACAGCGCGCUCCUCAACAUGGCCGGCGGCAAGCCCGAGGACAUGCUGUGGUUCCACCGCGGCCUCACGCUCCUGAUCAUCAUGCGCCACCUGGCCAGCAAGGACCCGCAGGGCCUGAGCGUGACGGGCGACGCGGUGGCCGACGCCUGCCAGGCGCUGGUGGGCCCCACCGCCCACGGCCGACUGCUGGUCAUCUCCGGGGUGCCCACGCACCUGGAGGAGGCGGCGGUGCGCGCCGCCAUCCGGCGCGCCUGCAACGGCCACGGCGGACUGUUUAAGGACGAGAUCUUCAUCCCGCUGCAGGAAGAGGAGCCCAAGAAGCCCAAGGGCUCGACCUCCUCGGGCUCCAUGCUGGACGGAAAGCCCGGCGACCGCCCCGGGCCUCAGGGUGGCGGUUGUGGCGUUGGUGUCGGCGGUGGCGUCGGUAGCGGUCGGGCUGAGAGUCCAGACAGCUCCAGCAGCGUCACGCCGGCCAUGAGCGUCACCGCCUCGGCGUCCACCAGCCAGACGUCCGUCUGCAGCUCCUCGCAGGGCGGCGGCGGUGGGAGUGGCGUGUCACGCACCGCCAGCGAGCUCUCCGUCGAUCAGGAGCUCCCCACGGCAGCGACACCCAACGCCGUACCUCCCCCGACCCCUCCGCCACCUCCACCCCCGCCUCCACCCCUGGGGCCUGGUCAAGAGCCGCACACCGUGUCCAGCCAGGAGAGCCUGGACAUCUCCCUGUGCAGCACGGGAAGCCUGGGCAGCCUCGGGAGUCUGGGCGAGCCGCCAGACAGUGCCGACACGGCCUCGGGCUCCGACGCCGGCUCCAUGUACACGGUCACCUCACUGGACAACAACGCCAGCCUGAGCCGCCCCAUUAAAGGAUAUGCAGUCAUAGAGGUUCGAGCUCGUGCCAAGGUGGAGAAGAUCCGUGCCAGCCUCUUCAACAGCAGUGACCUGAUUGGCCUGUCCAGCUUGGAGGGGGAGGAGGAGCUAAUGGAGAUGACCAAUGAGGAGAUUCUGACCGCCUCCAGCGUCAACCAGAGCUUGUUUGACACCCAGGGAAGCUCCGCACUUGAGGAUUACUUUCUGGAUAAGACCAUCCGAGGUGACAAGCUGGUUCCCGGUGCCCGGGACGUCCUCACGGACAUCUUCAAGAGCUGCGUGCUCUCGGAGCAGAUGCUCAGCCUGACCCCCACCAAGCCCAUCAAAGUGAGCGACAUCUACCUGAGCAAGGAGCAGAUCAACUCCCAGACGCCAGGCAACCUGCUGCACGUCUUCUUCACCCACGUGCGGCCGCCAAAGAAAGUCCUCGAGGACCAGCUCACACAGAUUCUGCGCAAGUACGGCACAGCAAAGCCCAACAAGACCAAGUUCAGCAAGGCAGGCAAAGAGCAGCACCAGGGCAAGGUGGUGAGCACUAAGAGGGCCAUCACUAAACCGCCCAGCAAGGAGAAGUCCGUGCUCAACAGCGUCAGGACGGCCUUGAGUGAGAAGAAGCCGGUUCUGAAGCCCAAGUCCCCAGAGAAGGCGCGGCCCGACGAGAAGGACCUGGAGAAGUCCCCCGCCAAGAAGCUCGAAGUCCCUGAGGAGAAGUAUCUGACACUUGAGGGCUUCCAGAAGUUCACAGUGGACAGGGCCAAGCAGGACAUCCGUAGUGUGUGGCGGGCCAUCCUCGCCUGCGGCUACGACCUCCACUUUGAAAGGUGUACGUGCAUUGAUGCACGGCACGCUCAGAAGGCCAGCCGCAAGUGGACACUGGAGAUGGACGUGGCACUGGUGCAAUACAUCAACCGCCUGUGCCGCCACCUGGCCAUCACUCCUGCCCGACUGCAUCCCCACGAAGUCUACUUGGACCCCACUGAUGCCGCAGACCCUCGCGUGGCCUGUCUCCUCAGUGUUCCUGUGGAGAGUCUGCGUCUUCGCUUUGCGCUGCUGCAGUCGCUCAACAACACGCUGGAGAGCUUCUUCCUCCCCCUGGUGGAGCUGCGCCAGACACACACCUACCAGAACAGCAUCGCCGCUCUGCUGUGUGAGGCCAAAGGUCUGAUUUUCUACGACACCAAAGUGACGGUGAUGAACCGUGUGCUCAACGCCACGGUGCAGCGCACGGCUGACCACGCCGCGCCGGAGAUCACGCUGGACCCGUUAGAGAUCGUAGGAGGCGAGAUCCGCUCCCCGGAGAACACCUACUUUUGCCAGGCGGCCAGACAGCUGGCUUCGGUGCCUUCGUCACAGCUGUGCGUGAAGCUGGCCAGCGGAGGAGACCCCACCUAUGCCUUCAACAUCCGCUUCACCGGCGAGGAGGUCCACGGCACCAGUGGGUCAUUCCGUCACUUCCUCUGGCAGGUCUGUAAGGAGCUGCAAAGCUCCGCCCUCUCUCUGCUCCUUCCCUGCCCCAGUGCUGCGGCCAAUCGGAACAAGGGAAAGUUCAUCCUGACGCCGUGUCCCAUCAGCUAUGCGGAGGAGCAGCUGCUGCACCUGUUUGGCCAGCUGCUGGGCAUCGCCAUCCGGGCCGACGUGCCGCUGCCGCUCGACCUGCUCGGAUCCUUCUGGAAGGGCCUGGUGGGUGAGCCACUCGACCCUGACGCUGACCUGCAGGAGGCCGACCUGCUCACCUACAACUAUGUCAAGAAGUUUGAGAGUGUGACGGACGAGGCGGAGCUGGAGGCGCUGUGUGCGGAGAUCGCGUCCCAGAACCACUCGUCUGGCGAGAGUCCCGACUCGCCCAGCAGGCCCUGCUGCACCUUCACCUACAUCACCAUGACCGGGGAGGAGGUGGAACUGUGUUCCGGUGGACGCCACCUGGCGGUCAGCUGGGAGAAUAAGGACUGUGUGUAUCGCUGUGCUGGGAGAAUGGUGGUCUUGCGGGCGGGCCUCAGCUCCAUCAUCCCCCUGCAGCUGCUCACCAUGCUCAGCCCGCUGGAGAUGGAGCUGCGCACCUGCGGCCUGCCCUACAUCAACCUGGAGUUCCUCAAGGCUCACACCAUGUACCAGGUGGGUCUGAUGGAGACGGACCAGCACAUCGAGUACUUCUGGACGGCUCUGGAGAUGUUCACCCAGGAGGAGCUGUGCAAGUUCAUCAAGUUUGCCUGCAACCAGGAGCGCAUCCCCUUCACCUGCCCUUGCAAGGACGGCGGCCCUGACACUGCCCACGUGCCCCCCUACCCCAUGAAAAUCGCCCCUCCUGAUGGUGCCGUCGGCUCGCCGGAUUCGCGCUACAUCCGCGUGGAGACCUGCAUGUUCAUGGUGAAGCUGCCACAGUACUCCUCUCUGGACGUGAUGCUGGAGAAGCUCCGUUACGCCAUCCACUACCGCGAGGACCCCCUCAGUGGCUAACCUCAACCCCCACCCCCCCUCUCUUACCCCCUCACCCACCCUCCCAUCACACCUACACCCACACCCUCAUCCUCUCCCACCAACAGGACUCUAUACGGCCCCCGACGAGGAGGCAACAGAAGUGCAGUCUACUGGAGUCUUUACUGUUUCUUGCGUUUGUUCCCUCGCUCCUGCUGUUUCCCUUAUACCAAAACUGGACGCGACCAAAUGGCUGGAUUGAUAUCGGACUGUUCUUCUCUCUCAUCUGAUGAAUCUUCUCCGCUCAGCUCAAGGAGGUGGAUAAGGAAAGAAAGAUAACGCCACCGUCUGUUACUCUAUCGCUAUUUUUUUUUUUUUUAAUCCACCUCUUCUCCCUUUGUUCUUUCUUCCCUCUCUUUUUUUUAGCCCUCCGACCUGACUCCCCCCUCUCUGUCGCUCUCAACAAUUUUAUUUGCGUCAGGCCUUUUUAUUCAGUGCAAUGUUGAUUCUCAGCUUUAAAUGCAGGAGUGGGGGGGCUGUUGACAUGCCUAUUUUACAGCCAGUAUACUGCAGUGCAAAGGCCAGAAACAGGGGAUGGAUUGAGGUGGAGAACUGACCGCGUGAUGGAGUGCCUAUGGGGGAAGAGGCUUUGGCAGUGGGCCUUUUGCCAUGGGUUUAAACCCCACACAACCCAGAGGAACUUUGUCCCGCUAAGCACUGGCUUUUGCGACUCUGACUACAGCAUGUGGACUAGAUGUAUAAGACCCUGUACAGAACCAGCUCUCCGAGGUGUGCCGCUUCAGGACAAAACUAUCUGCCUAUAUUGAAAGGGUGCAUAUAUUUUAUUCAUCUAUACAGAGGGUAUAUAAGUAAUGUACAAAGAGAAGUUAUAGUAAUAUAUUCUGUUGCUACUUGAGUUGUUAUUAUUUUUUUUUAUUUUUUUUGUUUUACAUUUUUUCUUUUACUGGUCGCUGCAGCUGUGAAGAGAUUUUUAGCCCAAGCCGGCCCUGCUGAGUCAACGUAGUGUUGCCAGAUAACUUUUGCCUCUGAACUGUCUGACGGAGGUUGCCAGGUUCAGUCCUGCUCAGGCCCUUUUCCAAGGGCG